UGUUUUCUUGAUUGCUGGGUGUCGUUAGUCUACAAACUGGCACGGUACAUUCAUCUUAAUCUACAUGUAUUUUGAGAGACAUUAACAGUAUUUAAUAGCUAAGUGUUUUACACUCAUAGCCACUGGUGAUCCAGCUGGGGUUUCUUCUGUAGAAAUGUUCAAGUGCUACAAUGCGUAUUUGCAUUAUUUGACAGUGAAGUAUCUCUAAAGCAAAGCUACAUAACAGCGAUAUUAAUUAUUCAUCGUUAGGUUCGUGCUCCAGUAGUACCAUUUUGACACCAAGUUUGAACGAUGCAGCCGAAACAAGUGGCAGCAAUGGGGCUGAUCUCUGGAAUCGUCUUUUUUACGUUCAUCUCAAUGGGCGGUGAAGCAUCCCUCUCCAGCCGACUUGGUUAUAAAAGAUCUGCGUUCCAAGAGGAGUCCUUAACAGAGGUUAAGCAUAAUGAAUGUGAAGAUAAAGGACAAUACAGAGCAGUGAAAGGGUUUUGCUGCCACCUCUGUCCUGCAGGAGAGAGGUGGGUUGAUGACUGCAUUUCCGAUGGCGACCAAUCUUUCUGCUCAUUUUGCAUGUCAGGGGAGAACUACAUGGACGUUGCAAACCGUGAUCCUCAAUGCAAAAAGUGCAGCAACUGCAAUAUUCUCUAUGAAGAUGUUCAACGGUACUGUACUGACACAAGUGACACUGUGUGUCAGUGUAAGGAUGGAUACAGUCGGCCACAUCCUUCACAGCCUUGUGGAGUUACAUCAAACACAGAAAAAAACAUUGCAAUUCCUGCUGGAAUUGGGACCUUCAUUCUUCUGGUGGCGGUGGUGGCCUUAUUGAUUUAUCGGAAGAAGAAAUGCUUAUACCCCUUUGGAACAGAUGAUUCUGGUAACGUGACAGAGACUGUGCCACUUCUUAGUGUGGAAGUGCCCAAGGGUGUCCUUGAGAGACCACGAAUGCUCAUCGAGAAGAGAAUGAAGUCCAGUGAUGGAGAAGUUUGGCGCCAGUUCCAUGAGUUGCUGCCAGAAGUGUAUAAAUCCAUCUCUGAAAACACCUUCUAUGUCUUGUACGAGAUGGAUAAAAAAUACAACAUUCACAUACGCGUGUACUGGAAGGUUUAUGAAAUUACUGACAUCUCAGCACGUGCAAUCUAUUUACUCAAUUAUUUUAUUGGUGAGCGUGAAGAAAUGUGCCAGGGGCUCCUAGAGAUGAUCCGUGCAGGACAGAACAAGCAAACGCAGCUGCAGACCCUGCUUGACUCUGCCGUUAAAUGCUCUCCAACUCUUAAUCGAAACACGGCAUUUAAAAAACUUAACAUCUCAGAUGAUGGAAAGACAGCGGAAUGGCUCAAGAUCCCUCCAGAUAAACCCGAUCACCCAGAUCGGUUCAAAUACUGGUCACAGGUGCUGUCCACUGAGAGUUUCUCUGGAGGAUGCCACUUCUGGGUGGUGAAUGUGGGGGACGUGGAAAACCUUCGUGUUGGUGUCUCUUACGAGAGUAUUCUACGUAAAGAACAAGACAGUGCAUGCCUGAUGGGAUUUAACAGCAGGUCCUGGUGUUUAUGGAAACACGAGAAGAAAUACAAGGCCUGGUACGACCAGCAUAGCACGGAGCUGCAAGUUGGUGAACAUCCUCGCAGAAUCGGUGUUGGCUUGGACUAUGAUAAACGGGUUCUGUUAUUUUACAAUGCUGACAGCAAUGAGCAUCUACACACAUUUUAUGCUCACUUCUCUGAACCACUGCAUGUUGCUCUAUGGGUGUGGGAUGGGAAACUCACUAUUGAGCCUGUUAACAACGAUUAAAAUGGAUAUAGAUUUAAUAAUUUAUCCGUGUAAAAUAAUUAACAGGAUAAAAUUGCCAUCCAAAUUUUCUUAGGAAAGUCGUAGGAAGGUUUUAAGAAGUCUUUCCAUUCACCAUAUUGUUUUCACUGCCACGUGCACUGAUAUUCUCUCUAUAUAAAUAAUUAUUGGGAAGGAAAUAUCUUACCAAAAGGAUGCUUCUCCAUAGUAAUUUCAUGUUCAGGCGUUUUAACAGCCAAACAUUAGACUUUUUUUUCCCAAUUCACUGUUUAUCACAGAUACCAAUGUAACUCCAUUGAACAAGUUGAGCUUUGCCAGCCAGUUUAAUUAGCUUUAUAGGAAGGGUUACUAUUUGCAACUUCUGAAUGGCCCAAUGUUCUCUUGUAAUUUCAUCACAUUAAUUCGAUGGAACUUUCCUUUGGGCUGUAAAUUGCCUACGACAUGGUCCAUUCCUAUUUAAAGCUUUCGUGACUGCAGCGAUUCAUCUUCUUGGUUCUUUCGGUAAAGUCACCGCCGUCCUCAGGUGAGGACGGCUGCUUGCGUUGUGGCCGAAACGUCGUGAGAAUUGUUUUAUUAUGUUUUAUUUUUAUUAUUUUAUUACUUCCCUUCUACGUGACUUUACCGAAAGAACCAAGAAGAUGGUCCAUUCCUUUUCCACAUUUCUGUGGAUAUUACAGAUAAUAUAAAGGUUUUGUACCCAUCUGCUGGUCCACCCACGCUCUUAUAAUCAGCAAAAUCACGGAUAACAGAAACUUCCAAUUUGAAGGUAAGAAUAACAAAUUGUUCUAACUCCAUGGAUUAGACAGUCACAAAUCACAAUAGAUUUAUGGUACUGUAUUUACACAUUUUUGCUGAGUAGUUGGAUAACUGUCAUAACGUCCAAUCUCUAUCAAAAAUUUUCUUGUAAUUGUAUAUCAAAUAUCGUACUUUAAUAUGGCAAUUGAGCAAUAUGUGUUACCAGGCUGUGAUUCAUACUUAGUUAUAUUAAGAACGUUUCAUGGUAAGUCAACCCCAGAAAAAAUAAAUGAACAGCAGUCUUGAUUUGAAGCUUUCGUGACUGCAGGAAUCCAAACUCUUCGGUUCUUUCGGUAAAGUCACGUAGGUAGAAAUAAAAUAAAAUAAAUCACGACGUUUCGGAGGCAACACAAGCCUCGAAGAAAAACAGCAGUCUCUUGAAACCUGACUUCAGUCAAAUUAAGUGAUACAGCCUUUGGCCACUAGAUAGCAGUGACAGCAAGCACUCUGCGACCACUUGUUGACCCUGUCUGUACCAUUGAUGGCUGGAGUGAAGUUGCCUUGAUAAGAGGUUUUUAUUUUGUGUUUGAAGUAAGAGACCUCAUAAUAAUGUCUGCUCUAAAUUGCAGGUAAACUGGGACUUUUCAGCCUAGUUAUUGUUGGCCAUAACGUCUGCCCGAAGCAUGAGAUUAAUAAUCUUGGGGUGAUAUUUGAUGCGUUCCUUUCCUUCGAAGCUCAUGUUAAUAAGGUUGUGAAAACCUAGUUUUUUCACCUCAGAAACAUUUCUCGACUGCACAACAUCAUUAUAUCGGUUGAUUCUGAGAGGUUGGUCCACGCAUUUGUCCUCUCGCGAAUCGAUUACUGCAAUGCCUUGCUUGUUGGUGUUUUAAAUAAGGUCCUUGGUAGACUAGAUGUUGUUCAGAAUGCGGUAGUCAGAGUGCUCACCAGAACCCCAUUACGUGACCCCAUUUCUCAAGUUCUCUUAUCAUUUACACAGGCUACCGAUCUUGAAACGGGUAGAGUUUAAGUGCCUUCUACUAUGAUAAUUGGUU